AUGGAGAUUUUGCUGCGGGAUUGCAUUCCCUAGGACGGACAGACACCGCAAAAUUAUAAACUCGCUAGGGCUCGUUAAUAAAGCCAUACUUCGCUUGCGAUGACUGGUGAUCAAUCAAACUUGCUUGAAUUUCAAACCAUCGCCCAAAGUAGCAUCGCAUCGCAUAAAAUAAACGGAGGUUUGAAUUUAUCGCAUUGCACAGCAUUUCAUCGCCCAUCGCGCGAUAGCCAGCUGUCUGAAAGUAUAUUAAAACGAUCGUACGCCAGUAUGGAUUUUUUGAAAUAACAAGAGUAGUAUAUCAAAGUACGUUCUGGACCAGGAAAUGACGUCAGUCCAAUGGGGAGCGUGGAAGUUGGUCACGUGGUCACGUGUGAGCCAAUGGGAGCAUAUUUGUCGGCCAUUUUGUGACGUGUUGAUUAAACUUAUUAUGAUCUGUACGUUCUGGGCCAGGCGUGACGUCACAGCAAUUAAUGAAAGAAAAAAAGAUUUUUGCCGUUGCGAGGGUUUGAACCACGGAUAUGUGAAUUACGAGCGUGACCGUUUAGCGUAUUAGACCAGCAGCGUAUUCGUGAUAUGAAGAUUUAGAGGUUGAAGUAUUGCGAGAAGUUUUGGCGCGCGAUGCGUCGCCGGUGUGGCGAUAGAUCGUACGGCGUAAGGGGUACCCGGUAGGAGGUACCCCCUAGAAACUAUAGAUUUAAAUUUCUUAUAUGGUUUUCUAUAAGAAAAAUCCCCACCAAAGUAGUUUGAAGUGUAUAAAAGCAAUAAGAAAAUAAAAAUCGCUUAUAUAUCAAGAUGAGUACACCAAUAUCACAGCAACAAUCGCAAGAAGAUUCAUGGAGUAGCGAAGAUGAUGAUGAAUUUUUAUCGACUUCUGCUAAUAAAGACGAGCAAGGAAAAGAAACUUUAAUAGCAGCAUGGUCGUUAUUCUUGGAUGGAGGAAUUAUACUCGAAGUGGGGAGUUUACUGGAGGGGAAUUUUUUCAAUUCUGUUGUGCAAAUAUCUCAUCCUUCAUCUUCAUGUUAUAAAGACCUGCAGUAUUUGCAAUUUGAAUGUUCUGAAUGGAACGAAAUAUUCAGUUUUAAAACUGAGCACUUAAUUCGGCAAAUGCUACAGUAUACCCCAAAAGGAAGGAGCAAGCAUGAAAUAUUUAUAGAACCUGAAAUAAUACUUGAAACGGAAGAAGAAGAGGAAGGCGAAAAUGAUAGAUGUAUUCGAAUAAGUCACUCAGGUCGAUCUAUACUAUUUUCCAAGAAAGCAAUCGAGAUGAUAUUUACCGCCUCCGAAGUCAUUACUCAAAAAUUGAAUUUUGGUAACCGUUAUACGAUGUAUUGUCUUUAUGACGAUUUUACGCGCGCGUUGGCUGAAAUUCUACAUACAGAAAAUGUCACCGAUAAACAGAAAGAUAGUAUUUUAUCAAGAGGAAAAUUUAUAUGUAAAAAUCUCAAAUUGUUAGCAUCGCUAUCCGCUUGGAAGGAUAGAUAUGAUAAUUUGCAAGAAUUUACUGUUCUAACAGAAAUUGUAAACAUUCACCCUCAAAAAUUUAUAAAUAUGGUUGUUAGUAAAAUGAAGUUUUUGAAAUAAACAGUUUUCGAGCAAAAAAAUUUUAUUUUUUCAUCCAUACCCAUAGUUCAAGUGUACACAAACUUAUUAUAUUAGUAAUAGUAAUUUCCUUUAUUUAAUGAUCUAAAUACAAUUCAAUAUGUUUAUCGAACUUUAAAAGUUUAGCUAAUACAUCAUACAGUUGCUCUAAAACGCCUUUAUUAGCACAAUGAAUAUUGAAUAAGGAUAGAUCAAUGUCACCUGAUUGAAUUACACGACCUGUAUAUUCGCUAUAUUUAUGAAAUUUAUUUCCGGCGAUAAAGUAUAGGUAUCCAUCCAUGUAUUUAAAUAUAGAAGUUAACUUGAGAGGGAUAUCUGGAAAGUCAUCCGCAAAUAUUAACCGAUUUUUAGGUUGAUGACUACAAUCAUCGAAAUCUAUCAGUUCAUUUACUCCGUGAUAAAUAAGCGUGCGUCCGGUAUAGGUGUUUACUGCGGCAUUCACUUUAUGGCUAUCUGGAAUUGUGAAGCGCUUAUAAGGCUGAGGCCAUCCAGACAUCAAUUGUAAAGUAGGGAAUUGUACUAUGUAAAUGUGACCGUCACUAAAGAAGACAACAUCGCUGUUAGGUUUCUGAUAUAUUGCUUCGAAACGUUUAAAAGAUUUCGGAAGAAACGGUAGCCACUCAAAUAGGUUCUUAGCGGACUCCACCUUGCUGCUGCUAUUUAACGUAGAUAUCCAAACCCAAUGUCCAUAAAACAUAUAUAGUCGUUUGUUUAGAAUCAAAAAGUGUUCGAUUUGAACGUUACACAGUUCAGGCGGUUUAACGGUCUUGCGAGUAGUAGUAGUCUUGCGGGUAGUAGCAGGUGUAGUCUUAAUACGUGUUGAAAGAUGAUAAGUUUUAUUAUCCGGUGAACGUGAAGAUGUAAUAGUAUCAUGAGGAUAUAGUGCUUGGAUUCCGGCGAUAUCAUCCUCAUGUAGGUUGAUAGUAUUUGGAUUGUAAUAAGGAAACAUAAGCGCAUUUUGAUUGUUUGAAUGAUGUAAUCCUAGAGCAUGACCUAUUUCAUGUAAUAUGGUGUGGAAAUAACUAGUAUAACCAGGAGGAGGUGCAUUUACAUCUGCUCUAUGCCAACGUUCAUCCCAAUCAAUGUGAAUUUCAACGACAUGCUGAUCUCUAGAUGGAAAGUAGGAAUGCGCCAAUACAUCACCCAUUCCAUCAAAAUCAAAAAUACAUUGCGGAUAUGGCGGCAAAGCAAAUGUAUGCUUGCGGGAAUGAAAUGAUAUCAAUAUGUUCGGGUUUUGCGCGCUGUAUUUGAAUUUUAAAUUUGAGUGUUUCGCCCAAACUUGAAAAGCUUCAUCUGUCAUCUGUAAAACUUUCACAUCAUGCAUAUUGGAUACAUAGUAAAUCAAAGUCUGUUUUAACCAUUUAUACUGAUGAGAUGAGUCAUAUACGAUGAUGGAUCAUCAGAAUUUCCGCAUCUAGACCGAGAUAUGAGUUGUAAUGUUUCCCCAUUUAACCUGCCAUCGCUAGGUAGUUUAUAACGUUCUUGAAAUUUCCUUAAAGCGCUGAUCGUGAUAUUUAUACGAUUAUCUUGAGUUGAUUCACCAUCACCAGGCUCCUUUAUGUAUCCAUAUUUAGCGAGAUGACUAAACACCAUAUCGAUUUCACGCUCACUGAUUGUGUUUCUUUCAUCAUCAUCAUCGCCAUCAUCAACCGUAUUAGCGUUGAUACUAAUACAGCAUUGAAAAAGCAAAAAAAGUGCAAUGACAGCAGUCUGCAUGAUCACAAAACUUAUACUAAUUCAAAUUUUCUUUUCUUUUAAGGACCGGUAGGAAAGAUAUGUGGUAGGGGGAAAUGAUUACAGUAAUAAUCUUAAUCUUUAUUAUUUAUCAGAAAACACGUGUUACAAAUUAGAUUUUGCGCACAAUGUUAGUGAAUGGCUCAUAUUCGAUUAAUACAUCAUGUAAAAUUACACAAUAAGCGAUGGUAUCAUGUGCAAAUGCGGCUGAUGCUUCCACUUCCAAUUUUAAAUCGAUCACCACAUUAUGGAUACUCUCAUUUUGGCGAGUGCAAUUGAUAACGAAGAUGGGCUGAUCUUCGAACUCUUAAUAGCUAAGAAGCGAUCCCUCUUGCAAAGCGUCGUAAUAUUGAUUUCGAAAAUUUAAAUAUUCUUCGUAAGCGUCUACAUACUUAUUGUCGGUAAAGACCAGAUUCUGCUGCUCAUAAGGAUAUCUUCGAUUGUUAAUGUUCGCCUUUAUAUUGGAAACACUCAAAUGAUUAAACCUGCUCGCAUCUGCUUCUUUGUUAUUUCGCUUCUUAGUUUGGAACGCAAUCAGUAGCCAUUGAGGGCGUUGAAAACCAGUGCU